AUGUCGGCUUUACAACCUGAAGUUCAUGCUGCAUUGACUCAAUUAGUCACUAGCUUGUCUUCAUCUGAUAACUCUGUACGUUCAGCUGGAGAGAAAUCAUUAGACACUGAAUGGACCAAGAAGGAAAAUGUUGAAAUGUUAUUGAUUUUCCUUGCAGAGCAAGCAAGUGGAGCCACUAGUGAUGAAACGAUCAGAGCCUUUUCUGCGGUUAUGUUCCGUCGUAUUGCAAUUAGAUCACCGAAGGAAAUAGCCAGUGUAACCGAUAGAACCAUAGGAGUUAUAAGCGAACCAGUUAGAGAUCAAAUUAGAAAGACGUUGUUACAAGGAUUUGCCGGGGGACAUACUUCAAACCAGGUCAGACACAAGUUAUCUGAUGCUAUUAGUGAAGUUGCAAAAGAGGGAUCAUGGCCGGAAUUGAUUCCUGCACUUUUCGAAGCUACUAAGAAUUCUGAUUCAAGCUUCAGAGAAUCUGCAUUCAGAGUCUUCGCAAGUGCUCCAGAAUUGAUCGACACUUCAUACUUCAAUCAAGUAGUACCAGUCUUCAAUGCAGGUUUUGAAGAUGAAAGUGAUGAUGUUAGAAUUGCAUCUUGUUAUGCCUUCGUAUCAUUUUUCCGUGAAUUGCCUAAGAAACACUGGCAAGGAUUAUCCCCAUUGUUGCCAAAUCUUUUGAAUUCUUUGCCAAGAUUUUUACAAAAUGGACAGGAUGCAGCUUUAGCUAGUGUCUUGGAGCUGUUGAUUGAUUUGGUUGAAUUAGCACCAAAGAUGUUCAAAGAUAUGUUCCCUACUAUUAUUGAAUUUUGUUCAGCCGUUGCCAAGAAUAAGGAAUUGGAAAGUAGUACAAGAAUGGCUGCUCUAGAAUUAUUAACUGGCUUUGCUGAGGUUUCCCCAUCAAUGUGUAAACGUACUCCUAGUUAUACUGAAAGUAUGGUUAGUAAUACCUUAAGCAUGUUGACUGAAGUAUGUAUUGAUGAUGAAGAUGGGAGUGAAUGGAAUAAUGCAAACGUAGAUGGCGCUGAAGAUGAUGAAGACGAGGAUGAAUAUGAUGCUGCAAGACAAGCAUUAGAUAGAGUCUGUUUAAAGUUGAACGGCCAGGCUCUAGCCGGUCCAUUGUUUCAGUACUUACCUAGCAUGAUCCAAUCGAGUGAAUGGAGACAGAGACAGGCUGCAUUGAUGGCUAUUUCUUCUGCUGCUGAAGGUUGUUCUGAUGUCUUGAUGAGCGAAAUUCCAAGAAUUCUUGAUAUGAUAUUACCUACUUUACAGGAUGUUCAUCCAAGAGUCCAAUACGCUUGCUGUAAUGCUUUAGGUCAAAUGUCCACUGACUUCGCUGAUGUCAUGCAAAGAACUGCAGGUGACCGUGUAUUACCUGCUUUAAUUUCAAUGCUAACACAAAAGCUGGUCCCUAGAGUUCAAGCCCAUGCAGCAGCUGCAUUAGUCAACUUCAGUGAAGCCGCAUCAAAAGAAGUCUUAGAACCAUACUUGGACGACCUUUUGAAUAAUUUGUUAGGCUUGUUAAAUUCAUCUCCUAAGAGAUACGUUCAAGAACAAGUUUUGACCACCAUUGCUAUAAUUGCUGAUGCCGCAGAAACUAAAUUCAUCAAAUAUUACGAUACAUUAAUGCCAAUGCUUAUUGACGUUUUGAAGAGUGAUUUGGGAGAAGAACAUAGAUUACUUAAAGCAAAAUGUAUUGAAUGUUCAACUUUGAUUGCAUUGGCUGUUGGUAAAGAAAAGUUUGCUCCACAACUGUCAGAAUUGAUUCAAUUAUUUGGACAUAUUCAAAAUCUGAAAUUGGAGGACGAUGAUCCAGUGAAACCAUACCUUGAACAAGGGUGGGGUAGAAUCUGUAGAAUUAUUGGUAAGGACUUUUUACCGUAUUUACCAGCUGUUUUACCACCUUUACUUCAACAAGCUAAGGCAACUCAAGAUAUCUCAUUACUCGAAGAAGAAGAAGCUGAAGAAUUCCAAUCCAAUGAAGAAUGGGACGUCAUCAAUCUUGCAGGAAAAUUGAUUGCUGUUCACACUGCUGCUUUGGAUGAUAAAGUUUCAGCAAUGGAUUUAUUAAGGACUUAUGCUGUUCAAUUGAAAGCUGAAUUCAUGCCUUGGGUGAAGGAAAUUGUUCAAGAUAUCGGUAUUCCAGGAUUAGACUUUUACUUACAUGAUGGAGUUAGAGCAAGUGCUGCUUUGACUUUAGCUUCUUUAUUGAAGUGCAGUGUAUUUGCUACUGGAGUAUCUUCGACCGAGACAUUGGAAUUGUGGGCUCAAAUUUCGAACAAAUUAUUGGACGUUUUGACAAAUGAACCAGUUGCUGAGCUUUUAGUGGCAUACUAUACUGCAUUAGUGGAAUGUAUCAAUACUUUGGGAGUUAAUUCUCUCCCAGUUUCUCAAUUGGAACCAUUGAGUUUAUGUAUUAACACGAAUCUUCACGAAAUCUACACAAGAAUUAAGUCAAGAGAUAAUGACGACGAUGAAUAUACCGAAGAUGUUGAGGAAGAAGAAGAUGAAUACACUGAUGAGGAGUUAUUAGACGAAAUUAAUAAAGCUAUCUCAGCUAUUUUCAAAAAUUCUGCCAGCGCAUUCUUAUCAGUUUUUGGUAACUUAGCGCCAACUAUUGCCACAUUCCUCAAUGAUGACAAUACUAACAUUAAGUUAUGUGGUUUGUGUGUCAUAUGUGAUAUUUUAGAGCAUACUGGAGCCGAAUCCGUGACAUAUAGAGAAAUGUUUGUUAAUAUUAUCGGUGAAAGCUUAACCUCAUCUCAUGCUGGUAUACGCCAAGCUGCCUUCUUUGCAGUAGGUAUGGCAGCUCAACAUGGCGGUGCAUCAUAUUCAGACUUCUGCUUAGCUUGCUUAGAACCCAUGUUUAAAAUGACACAAGUACCUGAUGCUAGGGCGGAGGAGAAUAUUCACGCUACUGAAAAUGCAGUUAGUGCAAUUGCUAAAGUGUGUCGCGCAUUUGGCAGUAGUAUUCCUCUGUUGGAUGCUGUUCUUCAACAAUGGGUAGGUUUAUUACCUAUUAUUCAAGACGAAGAAGCUGCACCAUUUGCAUACACGUUCUUAAGUGAACUUAUCAAGAGCCAACACUCUAGCGUUACAACUCAAAUCCCAAAGGUUGUAGAUUCAGUUGUCCAAGCUUUAACACAUGCAUCUAUUGCGGGUUCUUGUGCGGACCGUGCUGCUGCUGCUACCAAGGAAUUGCUUGCUUCCAUUCCACAACCUGACGCAGUUGCAAUUUUAGGAAAGUAUCCUGCUGACGUUCAAAUUGUCAUUCAAAAAUGGUUUCAAUAA